CUUAAAGGAUAUGACAACCAAAAUACAGCAGGAAGGUAGGUGUCUUUGUUGAGACGAGGCUUCAGUUUGUUAAAUUCUCAGCAUAAGGACACGUUAUAAAUCUUUGUAGUGAGCUACAUUUGUAUCGAGAUAAAACAGUGAGCCGUAAACAUUAGCUACCAACUCCAUGGAGCAGUUACAUAUCUCUCCAGCCCUUAAACUUCAUGCUUCAAGUAGCACCUGUCGUCCCAACAUCCUUUGCGUGUCCAAUAUGGAAGAACUGGCGGUGGAGGUCCGUGGCUCCAACGGGGCUUAUUACAAGGGCUUUGUCAAAGACAUCCACGAUGACUCUCUCACCAUUGCCUUUGAGAACAAUUGGCAGCCAGAGCGCCAGGUGCCCUUCAGUGAUGUCAGAAUGCCACCACCUGCUGACGGAAAGAAGGAGAUUGGCGAAGGCGAGGAGGUGGAGAUCUUGUCCAGAGCCAAUGAUCAGGAGCCUUGUGGUUGGUGGUUGGCUAAAGUCUGCAUGAUGAAGGGAGAUUUCUAUGUGAUAGAAUAUGCAGCUUGCGACGCCACUUACAAUGAGAUAGUGACCUUUGAUCGCCUGCGUCCAGUCAAUCCUAAUAAGGCCAUCACCAAGAACUCCUUUCACAAGUGCACUGUCCCUGUUCCUCAGGAUCUACAAGAAGCAUGCCAGAAUGAGAACGCCCAUAAGGACUUUAAGAAAGCUGUGGGAGCCUGUCGCAUCUCAUACUGCCCUGAGACCAGCCAACUAGUGAUUGUGUCCAUGAAUGAGACAACAGUGAAGCGUGUGUCUUUGCUGAGUGAUAUGCACUUACGCAGCAUCAAGACCAAGCUGCUGCUAAUGUCACGCAACCAUGAGGCCACAAAACACCUCGAGAGCUCCAGACAGCUGGUGUCAUCCUUCCAGGAGGAGUUUAUGGUGAGAACGGAUCUGAUGGGCCUGGCCAUCGGCAGCCAUGGCAGCAACAUCCAGCAAGCACGGAAAGUCCCAGGUGUCACUGCCAUUGAGCUGGAUGAGGAGACUGGCACUUUCAGGAUUUAUGGAGAGUCAGCAGAGGCAGUGAAGAAGGCUAGGGGCUACCUAGAGUUUCUGGAGGACUCUGUCCAGGUUCCCAGGAACCUUGUUGGCAAAGUGAUUGGUAAGAACGGUAAGGUCAUCCAGGAGAUUGUGGACAAGUCCGGGGUGGUGAGGGUCAGGAUAGAAGGAGACAAGGACAACAAGCAGCCACGACAGGAAUUGACACAGGGAAUGGUCCCAUUCACCUUUGUCGGUACUAAAGAGAGUAUUGGCAAUGUUCAGGUUUUGCUGGAGUACCACAUCUCUUACCUCAAUGACAUGAUGGAGCUUCUUGCAGAGGGCCAGCAUCUAGAGGAAGAGCUGAGGCAGAUUGUGGAUUAUACACAAGGAAGCAGCCUAGCAAGAUUCAGAAUAAGCAACACAAGGCACACUGGAUGUGAUGUAGAUGAGGUUGAGCAGCUUCGUCUGGAGAGGAUGCAGAUUGAUGAACAGUUACGUCAGAUCACCCAGGGUCACCGACCCGCUGACAGGGAGAGAGGAGAGAGAGGGGAAAGAGGAGGAGGGUAUAAUACAGAUGGCAGUGCGAAUGCCUCCUCCUCCUCUUUACAUGGCAGUCGCUCCUAUAACGGUCGAGGGCGUGGGCGCAGAGGCCACGGCUACAGCACUGGAUAUGGCACCAACUCAGAGCAGUCCAACGCCUCUGAGACAGAUUCAGAGCGCAAGGAUGAGCUCAGUGACUGGUCCCUUGCUGGUGAGGACCAGGACAGGGAGAGGGAGAGAGGCCCACGACCACAAAGAGAUGGUCGCAGGAGGAUCGGACCUGGCAGAGGCAGAGGAGGGCCUGGAGGACGGGGAAGAGGGGGAAGAGGAGGAUACAACAACAGCUCUGCAGGGCCUCGAGACCACGAGGACAGCCAAGCCUAUGGAGUCUUGGAGACAAACACGGAGACAGACCAGACAGCCGAUACAGAUGCUAGCGAGUCCAACUUGCCUGCAAACCGCCGCAGAAGGUCUCGACGACGCAGAACAGACGAGGAUGCCACACUCAUGGAUGGAAUGAGCGAGUCGGACAACGCCUCAAUGAGUGAAAAUGGAAUAGUGACAGUGGCUGACUACAUAUCCAGGGCUGAUUCUCAAAGCAGACAGAUGGCCAACAAGGACACCAAGAAAACUAAGGAUGUGGGUCAGGUGGAUGCCAUCGCUGAGCACAGCCCACCGUCUGCCCCGGCACCCACCAAUGGUUCUCACAACGGUCCUGCCAACAGUGAGGUCAGCAGUGCCACAAGAGCUCCCAGGUCUUCCACUGAGAGGCCUGCCAAAGUCUCCUACAAGGGGGACUCUGAUCCACACCCUGUUGUUAACGGACUCUCCUAGUCAGACCUGAGCAAAGGAAAUGGUUUCAAAUAUUUGAAAUUCUUUGGCUGCACAUGAUUGAAUCUCCCCGUCUCUGGAGCAGCCUUAAAAGUGAAACAUUUACAUACAGCAAGCACUGUUUCUCACCAUACUUUUUACUUGAUAAAUAUUUGAAACCUGUUCCACUGUGCAAGUUUUAGAAGUCUGAAUCUUAACCCCCCUUUACACGUGUUUUGUCCAACUAUUCAUUUUACUACAGUUUUUGUACAAUAGUUCUUCCUGUAUGAGCUUGCCAAAGAUAGUCAAACACACACAUACUGUACUUACAGACAUCUACUUAACUGUAAUUUUUCAGUCCACUCUUCAUUGAGAGCUCAGGAAGAGGUCAGACUGAAUGCAGUAUUUAUAAAAUGCAGACUGGGAUUCCACUCAAACCCAUACUGUGGUAUGAAUGCAGCAGUUAUUUUUUUUAAUGGUAAAAAUAAUAUCAAAGCAGGGUUUUAGAAAAAAGUACCUUUUACCAGGUAGACUGAGAUAGAUGCUUCCACAACCUUUUUCAGGAUGUUUUGUGCAUCUGAAGUAGUUUGUAAAAUAAAUAUUCUGCAUGAGCAGUACCACAGUGCAGAUAGGCUUGUUGGAAACUCUAGUAUGUCUGACAUACAUGUGAUCAUCUGUUGUGCCUUGAGAGUAGAUUCAACAUGUUGUUGCCUGGCUCUGCACACCAUCUGAAAUACUUUCACUUAUUUCUGUCACCUUCGCCUGCCACAGUUGAACAAGAUGAGUUGCCUCCUUGGUUUCUAUGUAUGCUUGUGGCACUGUAGGCAGGAAGAGGCAAACACUGAAAGACCCUGAAAGGAUUUCAGAGGCAUACCUUUUUAAAAUCAGGUGUUUAUUCUUAAUGUUUAUGGGGGAAAUGAGUCCAGUUAUCCUUUAUAUAUAUAUAUACAUAUAUAUCUGUUGAGGAGUUUGACAUUAGCUGCUUUCUGUUUUUCAAUAUGCAACCACUUCGGUCAUAGAAGAAAUGUUAUUACAGUGUGUCUGGAAGAGAAACAAACAAAUAGAUGAGUUGUUUUCUUUGCACUGAAACAAACUUUUUCUGUUAAAAAGUUGAUUGUAGUUAAGUCUGGAAACUGGCCUAUUACUGUUUAUUGCAGGACGGAGAUGUAACCAUCAGUGCUGGGUUUCCUGGAAUCAUCUCAUUGCUAAACUACAUGACGAGAAGGAUAUGCUCUUUCUUACCAGAAAUCCAGUUAAAUUUAUAGAUACUCAAAGCAUGUUUGCUGUAUCUUAGAGGUUAAUAUCCCCCUACUAUUGCAAAAAUUCAGUUUGAGCGGUAAGAACCAGACUACCUUGGUGUUGAGAUGUUUCUGGAAAACCAAGCCCAGGUGACGAUGAUGUCAAUUUCAUGGUUCUUCCACAGACUGGCUGGCUGGAAACUGGUCACGACUGUUCCACUAAGGAAGGAGAUUCAUUUGGUUUAUUUAUUUAAAAAAUGUACAGUAUUUAAAAACAAAACAAAACAAGAGAAGCUCUUCUUUUUCUUGACUCUAAAACAAGUGUUGCUUAGGGUUUUCUUUUAAGACAAUUUGGACUACUGAAGUUGUGACAUCCCAAGUGUUUUUGUUGGGUCAACUACAGUAUGUUUUUUUUUUUUAAAGGGUUGUUCUGGUUGAUGUGCAAUAUGUUUUGUAUGCAGGUAGUUCUUAAAUAAACUUGAUCUUCCAUGUAGAUCUAAAACCCAA